UGAGCCCAGCUAGGACACUAGUUUCCAUCUUAUCUAGAUUCCUCCAGAAGGACACCCCACUGAACAAAAUGUCAGCUUCCAGCAUACAAAAACCCUCUCCUCACCGAAGCGACAAUAAGAGCCCUUCUGUGGCAAUUAAAAGCAGACAACAGGCUGCUCAUGAUUCUAAUAAACGACGGACCCUUUUGCAAGAUAACAGCUGGAUAAAGAAGAGGCCUGAAGAGGAAAGUGCUGAUGAAAACUAUGGAAGGGCUGUGCUUAAUCAAUACAAAUCCCAAGAUAGCCUAAACAGAAGCAGCCCAAAUGAAAAGGAAGAUGAGAAAGCUGUACUUGGAAGAUACAGGUCUGAUACUACCCUGGACAGAAUUCCAGCCAGAAGUGAUACAGAUAAAACAAAUAAGUCUCCAAAUCUGAAUAAUAAGCAAAGUGACAGACAGUCUUUGACACCCAAUCCAUCACCCUCAAACACUGCUGCAACUUCUCCGAUCAAGAAAAAAAGGCAAUCUUGGAUGCCUCCUCCAGUUUCAGGUAGCACAACCACAACAGAAACAACGGGAACUAAACAGACCACUUCAGAAAACUCAGAGGGUCCAACAAUGGCUGCCUUGUCAUCAGAACAGGUAACCCCUCAAAAAUCAAAGGCUGAUGUAGAAGAAAAAACUACAGCAAGGACCCCUCAAAAAUCAAAGGCUGAUAUGGAAGAAAAAGCCACAGCAAGGACCCCUCAAAAAUCAAAAGCUGAUGUGGAAGAAAAAGCCACAGCAAGGACCCCUCAAAAAUCAAAAGCUGAUGUGGAAGAAAAAGCCACAGCAAGGACCCCUCAAAAGUCAAAGACUGAUGUAGAAGGAAAAGCUACAGCAAGGAACCAAGAUCUCGAUAACCUCGCCAAAGUGAAUCCAAGCUCUUUCUCAAGUGACAAGGAACGAAAAGACCUUGAAGAUGUUACUGAAACAAAUACUACUGGCCAGAAAAAUAAGAGAGAUAAGGACCUUGGUGAUCACACUAAAGUCAAGCCUGGUAAUGACCAAAGCAAAAAACGGGUAACUGAGCAAGUACAUGAAAAUCCUCCAAAGACUCCAAAUAACCUCCCAGAAACAAACUAUUAUAGUGACAGUGAAAGAAAGACCAGCAAAUCAUCCUAUGGUGCCUAUGAAGAUAAUAUAACUGGAAAUACUAUCAAAACUGUUUACUCUACUUCUGAUCGGAGUAUAAUUGGAAAAGAUAUAUGUACAUACUGCAGGAAGCCCUUGGGCUUUGAUGCCAAGAUGAUCUUAGAUGCCCUGCAAAUUUGCUGUCAUUCAACUUGCUUCAAGUGUGAAGUGUGUAAAAGACCACUGGAAGAUCUGAAAGCAGGAGACAGUAUUUGGAUUUACAGACAAACAGUGCAUUGUGAGCCUUGCUAUUCCAAAAUUAAAGAAAAAUGGAUCUACUAAUUUGAACAUGCAAAAACAUGAUAAAGAAGUCCCAUUAGUGUUUAGUUGUGUGUUGACGUGUUAUUCAAACCACUAUGGAAAAGGAUUAGUUUUUAUUGCUAAAAAUACACUAAAUGCAGUCCUUCUGCAUGUUUCCCAAAGGACUUGACUUCAUGAAAAAUUAAAUGUCUUUUCAUG